CACGGUGAGCCAAUCAGUAAACAGCAGGAGUCACAGGAUGCUUAUAAACUGGGAGGCAGAGAAACUGAGUUGACUGCAGAGAAAAGAGGAGACGUGAGAAUUCUAUGACACAGAUUGAGAAGAUCAACAAGAGCCAUGGCAGCAAAGAAAAAAACUCCAAAAACUACCUCAAAAAGCCAAAAGAAUGUGAAGGAUGUCUUUUGGGGAAAAUUCAAAUGGCCCCUUCUUGGGUUGUUUUUUUUAAGCUCUUUCAUCACCUUGACCCUUAUGAUCUUUCUAUGUAAACAGCUAUUCAUGGAUAAGAGUAAACCCCAUAUUGAGAAGCCACUGGAACAUCUGGGCAAAAGGUUAGAAGAAGUUCUCAAAGACCCCGGACUCAAGCUAAAUACUCCCAAGAAGACAGCAGAGGAAGCUAUAAAAUUGCCUGCAUAUAUCAAACAUGCUGACAAGAAACUCCAGGAUCACAGGAAAAGCUAUUAUGCUCUCUUCCAAAAAACUGCAAAGGCUGCAAAUGGCUGGAAUCUUUCUGGAAUGAAUCUGUACUACAUUUCAAAAGGAAAAAAGACCUGGUACGACGCCGAGAACUUCUGUGUGUCCAGAGAAAGUCAUUUGGCCUCCAUCCUAAGUGAUGAAGAGCAGAAUUAUCUCAACACCCAGCUCAGUGAGCCAUCUUGGAUUGGCCUUUCAACUGCAAAUAAGGGCGAUAAUUGGGAAUGGUCGGAUGGAUCCAAGUUAAUCACUGAGUAUUGGUCACACCAUCCCAGGCCAUCAAAAGUCUCCAGAAAAGGGGAUCGUGGCUGCACUUUGAUCAAUCCUUCAAUGGGCAGUCGCAACUGGAUCUAUGCCAACUGUCAUGAACCGAGAAACUGGGUUUGUAAGGAAAGUCUGGCUGUUGGGAAAAAAUAAACAAUGAACUCGGUUGCUAGAA